AUGUUUUAUCGAAAUUCUCUUCGAAAAAUUCACACAUUGAUUAAUCAUAAACUUUACCCGUUAAAUGAUCAUCAAUCGGAUAAGUUUAAUCAAUUGAUAACGACUAGUCGAGAAGAAUUUCAUUCUACAGGUUGUUUGUAUCUUCCGAAUUUUUUAACUCAAUCAACACUUUCAACAAUUCUUCAUGAAAUCGAUUCAAUUGUGAAAGAUUUUUCGCAAAAUUUGUUUCAUUCCUAUGUUCAACACACCGAUAAUCUUUAUAACACUUCAUCAAAUUCUCCUGAAAUGGAAUCAAGUAGUAAAACAAUUAUCGCCUACGAUCAAAUUCCUUCGAAUUCACUUCUUCGAAAAAUCUACUCAUCGAAUUCAUUAAUUCAUUUUCUAACACAAAUCAUUCAAAUUUAUCCUCAACUUUACCCAAGUUGUGAUAAAUUAGGCGCAUUAUAUGUCAACAUCUAUCGUCAAGCGAAUCGACUUAGUUGGCACACAGAUCAUUCUCACUUCUUUAUUAAUCUUCUUUUACAACAAGCAUCGGAUCCUGAUGAAGGAAUUUUCGAAUACAAAACCGAUAAGAAGAUCAUCUCUCGGCACGAUUUUCAGUCCGGUGGACUUGUUAUGUUCAAUGGUCGAAAGUAUCUUCAUCGUGUAACGAAAGUUUGUACAUCGAAAUCACCUCGAAUCAACGCGAUUCUCACUUAUGAUUGUACACGUGAACAUCAGUUAAGUGAAUAUGUUUUACAAAAGUUUUUUGGACGUACAACGUGA